ACGCUCCUACUAGACGUAAAAGGGGCAUACAACUAUAUAUCUAAGAACCAGCUACUUAUAAUUCUUAAGGAUUUAGCCUUUCCCGAUUUGGUUAUUAAGUGGGUCUUAUCCUUUAUAAGCGGGCGUCCAAUUUCGCCUAUCCUUUUUCUGAUCUAUAUAUGGGGCCUAUUUAGGUCACGUGCAGUCAAAUUUAUCUCUUAUGUAGACGAUAUUACUCUCUCUUACGCAUCAACUAGCCCCCGCAAAAACGUUAAGAUACUGCAGCUACUAGCUAGUAAAAACGCAAUCCAAUUCGACCCGAAAAAGUCUAAACUGAUUCACUUUAGCAUAGGCGAACGCGCUAAGCUAGCGUCCCUUAUACUCCUAGACGGGACUAUAGUCCCCCUAAAGCAGACAGUUAAGUGGCUUGGCAUUCACUUCAACGCUCUAUUACAAUUUAAGGAGCAUAUCACCAUCCGCACUGCUAAGGCUAAGUCUGCAUUUAGACGCACUUUUCGGACUAGUCCAAUUCAGGCCAUAGAGGUGGAAGCUAGCCUCCCACCGCCCGCAAUACAGCUAGACACAGCUACACGCAAAUACGCUUUUCGGCUAGCUAAGCUAAGUCCAGAACAUCCAGUAAAUCGCCAAAUUGCCAAAUCCAGCUACUCAGGAUACGGACUUCAGACGAUUGCCAGGACUAUCGCACCCCUGCUUAGCGGCAAAAUCGAACCUAUACACCACUUCCACUUUGCCCCUUGGAACCGCUCUGUCCCCUGGGACACACGAAUCGCCAAAUUGCUAAAAGAGGAAACUGCCACGAUACACCGCCGGCAAAUACGGUCACAAUCGCUAAAUCAGGUGUUAUACUACUCAGACGGGUCGCAAAUGCCUAAAAGCACUAGAAUUGGAGUGGGACUAGCGGGCUACAAAUGCGCUAGUCCCCACCAAAUCGUCUAUAAUAGAGAGCUAGAAGGCAUUGCCCUAGCAUUCGAAGAUGCGACGAGACUAGGCCCAAAUAGGGAUAUUCGGAUAUAUGCAGACAACUAA